UCUUCACUGUCAGAUCUUUGUAAUCCCUCCUUCAUCAACCGUCCGAUCAUUAUAAUCUCUCCUAAUCCACCAAGUCAAAUUCCAGCCCCCGAUAUAAACCCAAAUUCAACACAACCCCACUUCCCAAAAAUUUCCAUUCUUUCACAAAUUCGGAGACAAUUCUUUUUCUUCUUCUUUUCUUUUUACACAUUCAAAUCAAGUUCGCUCAUCAUGAGAUUCAAGAAAGGUGGCAAAGUUGAGGUAUUGACCAAGGAGGAGGUCCCAACCGGCGCGUGGCGCUGCGCCGAGAUUAUCUCCGGCAACGGUCAUACUUACAGCGUCAAGUACGGUUGGUUUCCGUACACUGGCGAGGCGGCAGCGGUUGAGAGAGUCCCUCGGAAAGUGAUUAGGCCUUGCCCUCCUCCGGUAAACGGGACCGGUGAUUGGAUUUCUGGCGAUGUCGUAGAGGUCUUCGACGAGUUGUGUUGGAAACCGGCGGUGAUAGUUAGGGUUUUCAGUGAAAACAACUUUUCUGUUAGGAUUCUUGGAUCGAAUAGCGAACUCAAUGCACAUAAAUCUCGAUUGCGUGUUCGACAAUCUUGGGAAGAUGGCAACUGGUACCUCGUUGGAAAAGGUUCGUCAAAUUUCACCGGACCGCCGAGGAGAAAAAGAUCUUUGCCUGGCUUUUCGGAUGUUGGUGGGCAGAAGAAGAGGAUCACUGAAAAAGGUAGUAUUGGUGUUCAAAGAAUAAUUAUUCGGCUUCCUUCGCCGGCCUCUGAAAAGGUAGAUGCAUUUGUUUCUCCCAAAAAUAUACUGGGUGAAAUAUGUAGGCCGCCUUCUUGUAAUAGAAUUGAUGAUACCAUGAGUUGCGCGUCGUCUGUUGGUAGUUGUAGUGGUUUAGGGAACAAUGAUCAUAGCUUUUCUCCUAGUUUUGUAACAAACGGUUGUAAACACUUGGAGGAUUAUUGUAGUGACGCAGACUCGUAUUCUGAGCGGAGGUGUGGAGGAGAAGGAUGUUCGGUUUCCUCUAGUGUGGAAUUGGGAACAGAUUAUCAUAGGUCGGAGCUACAGGCCUAUCAGCAAGCUCUUGGAGCAUUGCAUGCUUCUGGGCCUUUGACUUGGGAAGAAGAAGAAAAGAAAUCUCAUGGUCAAUGUUGGAGGCACCCAUACCUUGCUUCUAAAGCCAUGAUGGGGUUGAGUUUUGUCAUCUUUGCAGUUGACCAGGGGGCAAUAUCCAUGGUUUUUUCCUAAAGGAACUCUUAAGCCCUGCUGUUGGUAUGAGUUUUUUCAAAAUUUGAUUUAUAUAUGGAGAUGCUGGUAUUUGUCAUUGUAUCUCUUGUUGCAGAUUAAAACAAGAUAAUCUUAAAAGAUGCCCUACAGUUUUAACAUGUAAAUUAAUUCUUCUUCUUCUUUUUUUUAAACAAUACAUGAAAAUUUAAGUUAUAAUGCAGGUUGGAUGUAUAGUAAAUCUCUCUCUCUCUCUCUCUCUCUCAUUCAAAAUCUUCUAACCUUAAAUGCUGGAAUGUUGACAAGAAUAUGUUACCAUCUCUUAACUGUGCAAAUACAAUUUUGGCCUCUUGGGGGUUGCAUUUGAUCUUACUGUCUCUAUGUGUAAACAAGUUUUUACAUUCUGAUGAUUUGAUGAUAUUUUUCAAGUUAACUACCUAUGGUUACAUACUAUGAUCAAAUGGUGUUCUAACUUCAUAGGUGGUUGUUUGAUUUUGUUAGAUGGGUACUUGUAAGUCCCUUUGAUGAACUCCAAGUUCGAAAAUCUUUCCCUGCUCAUGAGUGUAAUGUGCUGUAAGGGUUUUAUUUUUUUUCCCUUGCAUAAUACUAAAUGUUUUCAUCUUUAUGAAUUUUGCAUGACAAAAAUCCAUGAUGUAGUUGACAUGUACUUUUCCCCUAAUAAUGUACAGUGGAUGAGAAUCCAUGCUGCGGGUAACAUGAAGUUAUCCCCUAAUCAUGUACAGUGGCUGAUGCAUUGAAAGACUUGUCGAUGGGAAGAAUGUCUGUUUAUAUAUUCAGAUAUUGGAUUCCUAAACAUUCUUGUUGAACGCAGCAGCCAUGGACUCAAAGAGGUGAUUUGGUUCAUAUCUUUUAAUAUCGGCUAUGUACUUCCAAUUGGUAAGAUUUUUUUGCAAUUUGCAUUGGCAUUUUCUGUGAGACUAGGUGGUGGUAAUUUACGGUUGGCCAACAUUUUAGUAUUGGGUAGGGCUGUGCAAAAGCAAACCAAGAAAAUCGACAAUAACUGAGGUGUUCUGGUUGGUUUGAUUCGGUUUUUGACAGUAAUUUAGUUUAUCUGGUUCGUUUUUCUCCAUCAGACACUGAAAAAUCCAAAUCAACCAUUCUGUUAAAGAAGCCCCCAAAAAUAGGCCAGAUUUUGGAAUUGUUUAGUGGAUGUAGCUCAAAAAUAUUGCAUUACAAAUAAAUGAUUAAAUUCAACUCAAUUUAUUGUUUAAAUCAAAAGGCCCAACCAAAACAAAAUUUCAAAUCUAAUUCAAUUUGCUUCUGUAAUUAAAAAAUGUAUAAAAUUAAGUUGGGAAAACCAAAAGCAAAAUGUGAAAGAAUCCUAACCCUAAGCCACGUUUUAUUUUUCAUCUUCUCUCUAAAUCCCCUCUCUCUAGUUGCUGCUCACUGCCCUCUCGGUCAGCCCUCGUCCUUUUCCAGAAAGCCGUUACACACCUCCUAGCUUGGAUUUCUGUGGGUUGUCCUCCUCACACUGUUGCGUUGCAUUGUCAAUGUCUUCCCCCAUGUGCCAUGGGAUUUUCCUCCAUACCAGCCUUCCUCAAAUGAACACCACGGUCUUCAAGGUCCAUUCUUAACUUUACUUUUUAAAAACUAUUUUAGAAUUUGUUAACACCCUUUGUUCAAACGGUUGGAAUUUCUUCAUUUAUUUUUAGAUUAAAUUCACUUAUACCUUUUAUGGUUAUAACUUUUUCUAAAUGACAGUUUAGUGUUUUUUUAUUUCAAUUAACACCUUUUGCUUAGUAAAAAAUACCAAAAUACUUUUAAUUCAAAGUUAGUCUAUUUGUUCAUUUAAAAGAGUAUUUUUGUAAUUUUAGUAGAUAAAAUUAAUAACUUAAUCCCUUGUGGAAAUAGAAGUUAUCCAUAAGGUGCUAAAUGGGUAAAAGAAAUCACACGGUGUUAUGUUGAAAAGGUUGGAAGCCACAAGGAGUAUAGGUGGAGAUAGAGUCUACCUUUAUUUUUAGGAGAAAGUUUUAGUUCUCUAUCUCACACAUGUAGUUUAUAAAUUUUUGCCAAUCGUAUAUUAUGAUGUUCAUUUGUUUUUGAUUGGAGGAUUGUUUUCUUGUACGAAAUGUGUGGCUGCUAAACUUCAGUUUCAUUUUUCUAAAAAGCUAGAUUCUUUGGUAGAAAAAAGAGAGAGAUAUGUUAAGUGUAUAUAUAUAUAUAUAUAUAUUUUAAUCUGGUUUCUGCUACUGCUACUAGAUUCUAAUGCUUAUUUCUCUCAUAAUAGGUUUGUAUUUUUCAAAACUUGUUGCCACUGCUUGCUCAAAAUAUUAGAUUGGAAACGCUGAUUGGAUUUGGUUAUGUUUCUUUUAGUGAUUUCAAUAGUUUUUUAUUUUUAAUUUGCCGUUUAACAUGUUCUGUUUGGUCCUGGAUUUAAAUAGUUGGUCGUGUUCAACCGCAUUAAGCAAUCCCCUUCAUUGCCUUUGCCCAAGACCAACAGUGCUUGUGACCUUUCAUUUUGUUGACUAUGAAUGAAAGAUGAAGCUUUUUUCUGUUUUCAUUAUAAGUUCAUAUUUCCUCAUGUCUUUUUUUUUUUCCUUAAUAUUUGAGGAAGUGGAGGGUGGAAACAAUUUCACCAGUAACAACCAUUCCACUGAAUAUGGAAUUUUGUUUUGCAUUUUUCGAUUUUAGUAUUAUAUCAUGGAAUUUGGAUUAUAGUUGAAGUAUAUGCUCCCAUACAGUUAUUUUGGAUUGAACUUGCUUUGUGGUAGGCUGAUAAGGUUUGGCUCAUGUGGACCGUAUGUGGUGACUUGUUGUCAUUGUAAGUUUGUUGCUUUAUCGAGACUUGAUAUUUCUUUCUUGUUUGUCCUUUUGUUUGGAUAGUUUUUAAAUUGUGGUGUCUGUUGAUGAAUUGAUGUGAAAUUCUUGUGGUGUUUGUUGUUGGACAGCUUAGGAAUUUGUAGUCUUUGUCAAGGAACAGCUUUGCUUUUCUUUUCUUUUCUUUUGUCAUGUUUGGUCGAGCUCGGGAGUUGGCUGGCUUCAAGGGAAGAGGGGAUCCUGCGCAAGAUACUACUAGUCAGCCCUGCCAUUGUUAAAGAUAGUACUGUCUUCCUCUUUUAUUAAUAUUAAUAUUAUUAUUAUUAUUAUUAUUAUUAUUGUUUUUACAUUUAUACUACAUAUUACUUGAUGUGUGUUACAUCUAUUUUGAUCUUUUGGCAGUGCAAAGGGCAAGUUCCCUUGUGUCUUCAAUCAAAUGCUGUUGACAGAGCUUGAUACUAAUAUCUAUCAAUUAUUUUGUUAUUUGUAACAUUCAAUGUUAGAUUAAACGAUAAUCUCACUUUUUACUCAAUACUUUAUGUAAUAGUGCCCAACUAUACUUUAUGUAAUAUUUAUUUAUUUAUUUAUUCUUUAAAAUAA